GACAUGGAGAAGAUAAACAGACGAGUAGCACAGCCGCUGUUGACGUUGUGUACAUCUGAAAUGAGCGUUUAAAUGUUUGUGGGACGCGGCGUUUCAAGUCACAUUUGUUAACUUGGUUUUUAUUUUAUUGAAGCUUCAUUGUCAAGGGAAACGCUAAUGGUUUUGUCAACAUGGACAGUGACUUAAGUCCUCAGGAUAAAAAAGACUUGGACAAGUUCAUUAAGUUCUUUGCCUUGAAGACUGUUCAGGUGAUAGUCCAAGCCCGUCUUGGAGAGAAAAUCUGCACUCGUUCUUCCUCAUCACCUACAGGCUCUGACUGGUUUAAUUUGGCAAUCAAAGACAUCCCAGAGGUGACUCAUGAAGCCAAGAAGGCACUGGCUGGUCAGCUUCCAGGCAUCGGACGCUCCAUGUGUGUUGAGAUCUCCCUAAAGACAUCGGAGGGUGACUCAAUGGAGUUGGAGACUUGGUGCCUGGAGAUGAAUGAAAAGUGUGAUAAGGACAUCAAGGUGUCAUAUACAGUAUACAACCGUCUGUCUGUCCUUCUGAAGUCUCUCCUGGCCAUCACCAGAGUGACACCUGCCUACAAACUGUCCAGAAAGCAGGGACAUGACUAUGUCAUAUUAUACAGGAUUUACUUCGGGGAAGUCCAGCUGAGUGGAUUAGGGGAAGGUUUUCAGACAGUGCGUGUCGGUGUCGUUGGCACACCUGUUGGCACAGUCACACUUUCAUGUGCUUACCGCACCAACCUGGCAUUCAUGUCUAACAGGCAGUUUGAGCGGUCAGCUCCUAUCAUGGGGAUCAUCGUGGAUCACUUUGUGGACCCUCCGGGCAGCAACCUGCGUCCUGCAAAUGUGGGACACCCCUGCAACUACAGAGCUCCAGAUGAGGAUGACGGACUAUUUGCAGGAGUUCAGGAUUCACAGGAGGUCUGCACCACCUCCUUCUCCACCUCCCCUCCCUCUCAGUGUGUGUGUACACUGAGUCCUUCUCCUUCUAAACUGUCUAAGCCCCUCCCUCUGGACAGUCUGCAGCUUCCAGUGGCUCCUGGACUUGUCACUCACACUCUCUACACUUCCAGGUUAUCCUACCAGCCUCCAGCUCUAGCAGGAGCUGCUGAUCUUUGUCACCCUGCUGCCAAUCCAAACCAGAUGUUGCAUGCUGGGAAGGAAGGCGGGGUUGUGUUGGUUCCUGCCCAUCCUCAUCAUGGAGCAGAUGCCCAUCUGACAGUAGAGCAUGCCGCCAACACACCUGGCAGCAGCGGUGAUGAUGACGGUCUGACGCAGAGUGGAGAAGGAAGGAGGGAUGAAGGGAGGAGGAGUGUUUCUCCAUCAGACCCCGUGGAGUCUCUCAAUGCGUUCACCAGGAAAGUUGGAGCCUUUGUCAAUAAACCAGUCACACAGAUAACGGCAGCCAGUCUUGAUCUGCCAUUUGCUGCAUUUGCUCCUCGAGGCCUGGACUCGGAGGAGAAUGACCCCAUGGUGCAGCCUCCAGACUCACCUGCCUGCCCGUCCCCCCUCCAGGCCAGCCUUCAUUCUCAGGGCUCAGAGGGAUCAGGGCAGCAGGACGAUUUCGUCAUGGUCGACUUUCGACCCGCCUUCUCUAAAGACGACUUGCUGCCGAUGGAUUUGGGCACCUUCUACAGGGAGUUUCAGAACCCUCCACAACUGGCCAGCCUCUCACUACACAUCAGCUCCCAGUCAAUGGCCGAUGACCUGGACUCGCUGCCAGAGAAACUGGCCGUCUACGAGAAAAACAUAGACGAGUUUGACGCUUUUGUGGACAUGCUCCAGUAGAGGAGGAGAGAGGACUACGUGUGGGAAAAGACUAAAUGGAUGAUGGAAAAAAAAGUGAAAGUGAAAGGUAGAGGCAGACUGGAGACUCUGUAGUUGUUUGUCCUGUGAGAAUCAGUCAGACUAAAUCACCAAGUUUUAAUGUGAAGCUCCUCAUUUCUGACAUUUUCCUGUUCAGCACGCUCACUUCGCUUGCCAGCUUGUACAGAUAGUCCUCUUCACUGUAAAUACUGUAUUAUUUCCUCUGACACUGGUACCCCCCCCCCCACCCUCUCAUCUGAUCUGGUAGUGUUAAUUCAAACUGAAAAUCUUUGUUUUCCCAUGUGGCACACAGCUGCUCGUCAUCAGUGUUUAAUCAGAAAAUCAGAUCAUGUGGUUUUCUGUCACUUUAGACAGCCAUGCAAUUCAAGGACAGACACAGCUUUUGUCAACUGUAGUUCACUAUAAUCUCUCCCACCCUGCUGAAGGUUUCCUUUACAUUACAGCCCUACUGCUCAUAUCCGAGCUAAAGGUCAAAGAUGAGUGAUCUUACUCUAGAAAUCAAACCUCUACUGUUUGUGUGAAGCACUUCAGAAAAGGCUUUUUCUUUAAAAGUAAAAUUUUGAAAAAAAGCUGGACUUGGCAAAGAAAAUUGCACUUAGCCUUACAGUGGAAGUCUUGAGUUGUAAUUCAAGUGUCCAGCUUCACAUAGAUGAGUUUCAACAGCAAAAAAUCAUUAAUUAUUUACCCUAGCUAGGUGUUCCCAGCUGGACUGGGGAUUUAAACUGCCAACUUCAAUGUCAGCAAAUGGGCCCAUUGAAUUUGAAGUGAAUUUACUACAGCCCUUAUAUGUAGAGAAAACACAUAUUCCACAGUGAGUUGUGGAACUAUGCUUCCUUGCCAGUUAAAGUACACUUAGCUAAAAUUAAUGCAACAGCCCUGCAAUAAAUCCUACCUUCAUGAAAAUUAUAGUGUUCAGUUUGUGGUGCUGUUGGAGCAUACAGAGGUGUUUGAUAUUUGUCCACCUCUGUAUAAUAAUAUAAUGGCACCAAACUAAACAUUAAAAUCUUAAUGAAAGUAGGAUUUAUUGCAGGACUGUUUCAUUAGUUUUACCUUCCUAAUAAACUAAAGUCCGUACAACAUGCAUAUGUAUAUUUUUGGAUUUUGUAAAGGUGGGAUAAACAUUUGCAGCUGUCCACAGAAGGCAUCAGGUCACCAUCCAUGACUGUUUGGUUGAAAGCUUUAAUUUAAACAUUUGUUGUUGGUCUAGGUGUCCUAAUAAAGCAUGGCUGCUCUGUUGAAACAAC